AUAUAGUGUCGACCUUGUCUCCAUCACUGCCAACUCUUGUCAAACCGUCUAGCCCAUUUUCGAGAGCAGUUUUACCCAUAAUGCAGCAUCUGUCCUGUUCGCACCCAUUGACAUGGUCGAUCCUUGCUGUUCAACAUGAUUUUGAUGGUGUUUUGAUAGUGUUUGUUAUUCGUUUUUGAUGCCCAGUAUAUUUCAUUGGUAUUGAUGUAUUAACACAUCCGCGAGAUCUUGUAUUUCAUUCGUCGAUGGGCACCGGUAUGGGCCUCUCCUGUUCUCGCACACAACACUCAACCACUUAUGCUGCACAUGCUUCAGCAGCAAUGUAUGUGUUGACGAAUUUCUUCGCCUGCGUACCAAAAGUUGAGCUUUUUUCAACAUCAGCACACACACAUAUAGGUGCCACAGAGUGUGUACCCCUACCCAACACACACCGCUACGACCGGAGAUGCAACAAGAGUUGAGCUUCUGCGCAACAGCACGACGACUGUGUUCUUUCCCCUAACGAGUUUCCAUACGAGUCAGUGGUAGCAGUGUAGCAGCGAGUUGGAGCACAAUACAGUCACACCACAUACAGCCGGGUAGUGCUAUUGCACUCCCACCUAUAACCAACUGUAUGCAGCCGUCGCAUGUGUGAGGCGUAAACUUGCGCGCGCUGAUGAGUCGUUGUCGCAACCUUCAAGGCGGGAAUGGAAUCAGUCAUUCCUAUUUCUUUCCCCCGCCAGUCAGUUGAAACUGAUUGACAAGCCAGUGUGUAUUUGUCUUCGAAACGCGUUCGACGUGUUACGGACGUCGCUCCGUGAUCUAUAUUAAAACUCGCCGCUGCAUUUUUUUCGGGGUAAACAACAUCCAUUGAAAUUUAUAUAUUUAUUACCGACAUAAAGAUAGAGAGAACCCGAGAGUUUAAGUGUGACCAUCAGUCAAUUUGUCUUGCAAAAAACAAAUUAUUAAAAAAUACAAAACUACAAUAGAGAGACGAAUUACGCUAAAUUAAACAAAAAAAAGCGAAAACUGUUAAUCAACGUAUACGAGUGUGGAGCAAAAAUUUUACAUCCCUUCCCGUUUUCGGAGAGGAACAUUCGUUUUUUUUCAUCUUCAUAUCAGUUCUCUAUUAUUCUGCUUCUUGCAAAUUGUGGGCCAAGAAAAAAAUAUUUGGACUUGAAGGACAGUGAAGAUCAUGGAACAUGCAUCCAUGUGGACCACGUAGCAUUUUGGCCACACAUUGGGUCCUCGCGGCUGAGGUCCUUUUGUGACACUGUGGCUAUGUUUGGUGGUGGUACCUUUCUGCUGUUUAUGUGCAAGUGAAUGUGCUAGUGCUCGGACAAGGCGCUAGCCGACAAUACCCUAAUUAGAAAAUUAAAAAAAAAAUCUUGGUUCUUAACGUGUCUAAAAUAAAAUUUAAAAAAAAAAUAAAGAAAAAAAUAAAUCUCCGGUUUGCGUCGCGCGGUCUAAUGCUAAAUCAUCAUCUCGAACGUCAUCGGUCAAAUAGAACAGUUGACGGUGUGGGCUCCAUUCUGUAAGAGCUGCAUAGUGAUAGGAACCACCGAGACUCACGGGGUACUCCCUGCUAACGCGAAAAAAAAGCUACAAAGUACCCCAAGCUAUAUACAAAAAAGAAAAAAAAUUCUUCGAACUGUACGCAAGUUUAAUGUGAUGUUGCGCCAGGAUCUCUCAUUGAUGUGAAUUUCGGUUUUAUUGAGAAAAAGAAGAAAAGCAUAAAAAUUGUUUAUUUGUGAUUUUUCUUUGUUGGCUGCUUACCGUACUAAGCUAAGGAAGCCAUUUAACUGGAUAACCACUUUAGAUUGUAUUUAGUGCUAUAUAAAUGAGAUUUUGAUAUUUGAGAGGGUGGUGUCAGAAAAAAAGUGUAAUCAGUGGUGUUAGGCAAAAAUUAUAUACAUAGCACACCUACCCCCAAAUAUAUAUAUAUGAAGUGCUUAGGUGACAUAAACCAAUAGAUAGCGAGAGAGAGUGAAAUUUGCUUGAGAAAAGUGACUUUUCGUGCUUUUAAUACGCAGGGUGUAAAGUGUUAUAAAGUAAAGUGGCCCAAGUAGAGUUUGCAGCCGCUCCCAGAGCAUUGAUGGCUCAGCCGAGGUAUGAUGAAAGCCUGCAUGGCUACAUGGAUUCAGGCGCCGCUGCUGCGAUGUACGACCCUCAUGCUGGGCACAGGCCACCCGGACUUCAAGGGUUGCCGCCCCAUCACUCCCCCCACAUGAGUCAUGCCGCAGCUGCCGCCUCUGUCGGCAUGCACGGAUACCACUCUGGCCAUGGGACUCCUAGUCAUGUCUCCCCAGUCGCCAACCAUGUGAUGGGAUCCAUGCCCGAGGUGCACAAACGUGAUAAGGAUGCUAUUUAUGGACACCCCCUGUUCCCGCUGCUGGCACUUAUAUUUGAAAAGUGUGAAUUAGCAACAUGUACACCUCGAGAUCCCGGCGUCCAAAGUGGUGAUGUCUGCUCGUCAGAAUCAUUCAAUGAGGAUAUCACAAUUUUCAGUAAACAGAUACGAUCAGAAAAGCCCUACUACAUAGCAGAUCCCGAAGUAGACUCACUUAUGGUGCAAGCAAUUCAAGUACUUCGGUUUCACCUCCUAGAGUUAGAAAAGGUUCACGAAUUAUGCGAUAAUUUCUGUCACCGAUACAUCUCUUGUCUAAAGGGUAAAAUGCCAAUAGAUUUAGUGAUUGACGAACGGGACACCACCAAACCACCAGAAUUGAGUGGUUCUGCGAAUGGGGAGGGUCGCAGCAAUGCCGAUUCGACAUCGCACACCGAUGGAGCAAGUACACCAGACGUUGUGAGUACCCCCUUCGCGGGAGCACAUGGUCCUUUGCUGGCGAGCUACAAUGCGGUGGUGCACCCAUGUUCGUAGUACGAUCACGACCUUCUUGCAAAAACGAAGCGGGUGCUCACAAUGCCCUGGGAUAGUCGUCAAAACUUCGCUUAAGCAAAAUAAAAGAAAAAAAACUAAUAUUCAUGAAAAAAUGCUCGAAAAUAUCUAGCAAAGAACUAAGCAAAUGAAAAAAUUUUUGCCAGAUGCACUGAAGAGACAAUGUAUCUGUACAACGGCAAGAUGGCAUAAUGCAAUGAACUGAGCAUAAUAAUAAUAUAUAGGAAAAAAAAUGAAGCAAAGUCCAAUUUGCCGAGAUGAGAAAGCUUAGAAGAAAAGAAAAAAAGCGCGAAGUGUAAAUAAGCAAUUUUCCAAUGAAAUGCAAUUGAUGAGAAAAGUAAUCUAGUUUAGAAAUGGCAUUAAUGCAAGUAUCGGAUUAAACUAAAGAACUCUUGUCGCACGUAGCACGAGGCUCCAAAAUCUUUACACUGCUGGAUCACGACGCUCUUUCGGUAAGUCACACAUCGCGACCCAGCAACGCCCAGCUCCACUAGGCCUUAUGUGGGGGUUUCUACCUCCAUUUGGGUCUCAGGCGGGGUGGACGAUGCAGAGAGAGAGACGGAGAGGGUAAAAAGAAAAACCAAACAACAACCUUUCAUACACCUUUCAGUGUAUGAUGGGUAAGACCUAAUGUUGUAGGUUUCCCACACAGCAACGACCCUAAAAGUGAAACCGGAAAGAAAAUGAAGAAAAUUCCGCUCUGGAUGUGCCCGAAAGAGUCGUGAUUGAGAUUUUGGAGUCCUCGACGGAAACGUGUGACAACUGUUUGCAGACCCGAUACGAGAGAAAAGUAACUAUUAGUUGUAUAACGUAACACACAAAAAAAUGUAUACAAGAAAUCAACAUAAAAAGCGCAACAUGAGAGAUCACAGCAAAUUAUAUCUUAAUUUAAAAUCUCUAAUUGCGAAAGAAAGCUGAAAAAUUAAUUUCAAAAAAUGAGAGAGAGAAAAAAAGGAAAUGAGUGAAAACUUCGUUUUUGCAAGACGCCCAUAUAGCUCGCCAACAAAUAAAACCCCCCAACAAAAUGAAUUUGGUAACAGUGCACAAACCAAUUUUGAUCCUAUAUAGUUCUCCCACCCACCCCCUCGUAACACGAGUCAUAUUGUUUUCCAAACACUGAAUAUCCCGUACUUGAUUUUUCAUUGUGUUCUUUUGUAAACUUUUUUCUUUUUUUUUUUUUCAAAAAAUAUGAUUAUUUUUUUCUUAAUUAAUAUUCCAUUCAUAAGCAUAAAUUUAAUUAACGAUAUCGAUGAUUUAUCAUAUCUCGUAUAAGUUUCAUUGUUAUGCUGAAAUUUAUGAGACAUCGCAGCUCAACAAUUUUUUUUUCAACUCCGGCAACUUCCACUGCUUUUUCCACUGUACUUGCGUAGUGCCUCCCCGCACCCGUCUAGGCCCCCGUAGGCCUCGCACCUCACUUGUUUUUCACUGUACAACAGACAAAAAGUUAAUUAAAUUAAAAGAGUCAGAAUCAGCAUCUGCAGAAACCGUGAAUCGUUUAUUUUGUAUAUUUUAUUUGGUAUACGUUUUUCCUCCGCCUAAUAUUUUUCAUUAAUUACGUUUCAAUUGCCGUGACGCCUAAUUAAUUUAAGCCUGGUUGUGUGUUCUUUUCAUCACAUUUGUGAAAAAUUAACUCUGCGUAGCAUAAUUUUAUUUUUUUUUUUGCAAAAAAUCACCUAAGUGGGGAGAUGCUAUAUAUUUUAACACUGAAAGAAAAUAAAUCUCAACUUGAAUACACUGUUACCAAAUUCUUUUGUUUAUUUUGUUGCAUGUUUUGUAAUUGAAAAAAUAUAAAUGUAGAAUAUUUCGUAAUUCCCAAUUGCAAAGAGAAAGAAACUACCCCUAAAUCUUUCUCCAAAAAAAUGCCCCUGGAAUAUGAAAAGUCGUGAAGAAUCCCACAUUCAGUGACAUUUUUGCGACAUAUAACCCCACUUUUUUGACAGUUUGGAAUUCUAACGAUUCAAAAAUACCAAACUUUGAAGUUUAUCUCAACUUUCCAGCAUUAGUGAAUAUUUGUAUAAAGAAUAGUUACUCAUUAAAAAAAGAAACUAAUACGUAAAUGAUUAAAUUACUCCUUUAGGGCUUUUAGGGUUUUACUAACAGUGUAAGGAUAAUGUGAAUCCAAAAAACGAUAUACGUAAAAAAAAUGACUGAUGCAUUUUCCCAGUGGAAGAUGCCACACAUUCUAUUUUAGAAAUCAAUGUAUACGACUAUUUAUAGUAAAUUCUGCAUGAGUUGACAGAAGAGUGACGUUCUGUGACGUUUUGUGACGUUUCAAUGACAUUUCUAUGUGAAUUAUUUUUGGGUUUUUAAUUUUUAAUAUUAAUAUGGGAUUGGGUUGUGUUUAGGAAAAAAACGGCCAGUGUUUAGGAUCUGUGGUGAGAAGAUUGAAGAAUUGAAAAAUUUUUAUCGGUUUAUUUACAUACGUUAUACGGUUAUGUCCAGUUUAAUCAGUUUAGAUUAACGUGAGAUUUCAAAAAUUCAUAGUUCUCUUUUGUAGAUGGAAUUUAUUUAACUAUUUCUUGCGAAUAAAAUAAGCACAGAAUUAUUUUUGACAUUUCUCUGACAGCACUGAAAUUUGACACUUAAUGACAUCUGUCAAAAUUUUAAAUGUCAAAUAAGAAUUUCAAAAUAAUUCGUUUUAUUUUCUCAAAACCAUUUCUUUGAAGAUAAUUUUAAGAAAUAAUUUAAGAUUUUCUUCUAUUAAAAGCAGUUUAAACUACUCAUGAAAAAACAAACAAUUUGAACCCCCUUUGUAGGACAUUCAAAGUGGUAGUUAACCACCCCUGUCUGAGACUUUCAUUUUCUUCGUGGCUUUUAUUGAAACAAAUCUCUCUCAAUGUGCACAAAAAAAAAUCCUAGAUAUUAGAGCCUUGCAAAAUGUUGGCAGAAAUAAAUGAAUUUUUCAGCAUUCAAGCACAAAAUUAUCUAAAAGAAGAAAAACUAAGCAUUAACCAAAAACAUAUUCAUGUAUAAAUUUGCAAUUACUGUCUCAUUUGUGUCUUUUGUGUUGAACAUUUUGACUUCUUCGUUGGUAUACGUCUGAGGAGAAUGAGAAUUAUUAAAAGAGAAUAACGAAUAGAAGAUUAUAUUUUUCUAUAUUUAAAUCUUAUAGACAUUUUUGCAAAGAAAAAGAGCAUAAUGGCAUUUAGAUGGUGAAUGAAUUUUUUUCUCUCUUUUUCCUUGAUUUAUAUAGAAAAUAGAAUAAGAAGAAAACUUGACAGAGAGUGGAAAAUUGGAUGAAGAAAAUUAAUGUGAGGAACACACUGUGGAAAACAUAGUUCAAAAUGCAAGUAUACGAAAGGAAUGAGCCGUAAUGUAAAAUGUAAAUGUUAAUUGCAAUCAACCUAAAGUAUUUAAUAUUUAAGAAAAAAAAAAGAGAAGAAGGUACUUGUACCAGAUGAAAAGAUAAUUUACCGACAGAGAUCGCUUGACUGUAAAGGAAAAAAAAAUAAUAAUACCUACAUCGCAGCUA